AUGGAUCCGACCAGGACCAGUGUCCGAAGGCCAUGUGAGCUGUGUAAGACUGGCGAGGCACUGAUGGGCUGUGACACGUGUCUUAUCAACCUGUGUAAGGCCUGUGUGGGAGAACACAUGAUGUCUGGUGUAUCUAAACUACACAAAAUUGUGAGAUUCGCUCUAAGAAAAUCUCCGCUCUAUCCUUUUUGUACAUCUCAUAUCAAAAAAAGAUAUGAAAUGUACUGUAAUGAAUGUGAUGUCCCUGCCUGUAAUGCCUGCCUCAGGACUGAUCAACAUCUAGGUCAUGAAAUUUUACAAAUCUCACACGUUCUCAACGAGAAAAAGAAAAAGAUAAUCAAAGAACAAACUGAAUUGAAAGAGACGAUUUCCCCCAUGUACCAGAACAUUGCCUCUGAUGUACAGAACAAAAUGAGUCGGUUGGAAAAGGACCAUGCAGAUCUUUCAACAGCCAUAACAAAACAUGGAGAGGACUGGCACAAACAAAUUGAAAAGGUUGUCAAGAAACUGAAAAAUCAAGUUGAUGAGAUGAAAAACAAACAGUUACAAACUCUGCAGAAUCAUAUGGAUGAAAUAAACAAGACAAUAUCCGAAAUCAAGGAUGAAAUCAGUUCCAUGGAAAGAUUGAUCAAUUACAUGGACAUCACAAAGCUUAUUAAUGUCACGACUGAUAUAGAAGGAUAUAAAAAUCCGCCUCAAGUAGCUGAGCCAUCUUUACCAAAAUUGGCAUUGGGAAAAAUCAAAGAAGAAGAAUUCAACAAAGUGUUUGGAGGUUUAUCAUCAAGUUUAUUAUUAGAAGAUGGACUUGAUUGCAGCUUGAAGACUGAAGAUAGAUCAUUGGAAGACGAUGCCUCCCUUCCAUUGAAACAAUUUCUCGAGGAACCGGAGAUUAUCACCACUUUAGAGACGGAUUAUCACUUGCUUUACAAUGUGGCCUGCCUGAGUGAUGACGAAAUCUGGACAACUGGACAAGACAAAACCAUGAAACUCUACAGCAUAAGUCAGAGAUCAAUGCUCAAGUCAAUUGCAACUAAGUCCGAGUACAGACCAGAGGACAUAACAGUGACAAAUAAUGGAGAUCUAAUUUAUGUCGAUUUAAUGGAUGGCACUGUAAACAUUGUGAAGAAUGAGAAGAUACGGAGGUUGGUGAGACAAAAGAAUUGGAGACCUGAUGGUUCCUGCAGUACCUCCUUUGGGGACCUUCUGGUUAUCUUGAACAACAAUGAUAACGAACGAACACAGAUUUUACGUUACCACUGUUCCACAAUAAAACAAAGCAUUGAAUUUGAUGAUGAAGGUAAACCUCUCUAUUCCUCUGGUCCCGCAAAGAGGUUAAUAACGGAGAACAGGAACCUGGAUAUUUGUGUGUCAGACCAUAAAGCUAGAGCAGUAGUGGUGGUCGAUUGGGCCGGGAAACUGAGAUUCAGGUACACUGGACACACCCCUGCUCCAAAAAAGGAACCAUUCAGUCCUCAAGGAAUCACCACAGACAGUCAGAGUCACAUCCUUACAGCUGAUUAUAUCAAUGAUUGUGUCCAUAUCAUAGACCAGGAUGGACAGUUCCUCUGUUACAUAACCUUUGGAAUUUCUGAACCCUUGGGACUGUGUACAGAUACAAAUGACAAUCUGUUUGUUGCAGAAUAUAGAAGCAAGAAAAUAAAGAAAAUCAAAUAUAUGAUGUGA